CUUGGAUUAUCACUAGACUUUGCUUCAUUACAUUUCUCUACGAUCUGUUCAGUAUAUAUAAUGACUCCAGGACUAACCACCACGCCCUCCGCCCCUUCCCGUCCUUUCCCACUAACCCGCAACCUAACCGCCUCCUCCCGAACCAAACACCCAACCUUCUACCUCCCCGACGGCACCCUCCUCCUCUCGCUGCACCCCCACAUCUUCAAGAUCCACAAAUCGCUACUCACUCGUCAUUCACAAGUAUUGGAUAAAUGGAUCAUCGAAGCGACGGACCCGAAGGCGAUGGAUCUGGUGCAGUUCGUGGAUGGGAGGGGGUUGAGCGUGGUGGAUUUACCGGGGGAUAUGAAGGGGAGGGUGGGGGGAGGCGAUUUUGAGAGGUUGAUGGGGGUUAUGUAUCAUGAUUCACCACUCAACUCGCAGACUCCAUUCCCCACCCUCGCUUCUCUCCUCCGAAUCACCUCCCCAUCCCAAUUUCAUAUCCCCACAAUAAAUGAUCGAGCGAAGGAUUAUCUCUCGCGGAUGUAUCACGGAGGCCCGGACCCAUUCGCGCACCAGCAUCCACAGGAACAUCUCGAAGAUGCGCUCGAGCUCGCGAUGAACUUCGACGUCGGCGUAGAGACGAAGAAAGCGCUCCUGUACAGUGUAGCGACGACAGACUACGACCCCACCGGCGCACACGACCCUUCCUCCCCACCACAUCCUGACCCCUCCCCCGAUCCACCAUCUACAACAACAACACACCACACCUCCCCACUCAGCCCUCCGACGAUCCGCACCCUUCAUCGGAUCCACCAAAGCCUCAUAUCGACAUUCACACCGCUCUUGUUCACCGUGGGCGCGACGUCGCAUAUGGAAUGUACGGAUAUCGUGGCGGAUAGGUGGAUGGAACGGGUCAUUUCGCCUGCUUUGGCGGACGGCGGCGUCUCCCGACCGCUCGAAAGUCUCCAACGGAUGGCAGACGUAGAUUGGGAAGCGGAGGGCGUGUGUAAGCCUUGUGCGAACGAGAUGAGAGAGCAGUGGGCGCAGGAACGGGGGAGGGUGUGGAGGGGGGAGGGAAGGUGGGCGGAAUGGGUUGGGGAGAUUGAGGUUAAGGAGCGGGAACCAUGACGGGGCGGGGAAAACGGGUCUUGACAGGUUACAAGGAUUAGGAUAGAAAGAUGAAGGUGAAGAUGGUGCGUGUAUGAAUGUAGGAUGGUGAGUCGGUGAAGAGGACCAGUGCUGUAUAACGGUGUGCUUGUCUGCUUGUGUUGUACUCUAUAAAUAGUCAUAUCUGACGUCCGGGUCCACAGAUGUAUCAUGUAUGUAGGCACAACCUAUGGAAAGAAAACAAAGGA